UUAAAAAAAAAAAAAAAUUCUCUUUAUUUUAAAAAAAGAUUACUUUGUAAAUAAAUGAAUGAAUGAUAAGUUUCAAGGUAACAAUAGAAUUACGCAAUAUGCCUGCUGAAAACUUAAAUUUAAUACAAUGAAAUGUUUCGUGAUUUUUUUUAUAAUAAAAGGUAAUAGUAAAGAUAGAAAUCUUUUAUUUUAAGAUAAAAUUUAUCAAUCAAAAUGAGAACAAAAGAGGAAGAUGGUUAAGAUUGAUUUUGCUCUCUUAAAAAUCUGACAGUGAUAGACCUGUAAAACGACAACAACAACAACAACAAAAACAACAAUAACAACAACAACAAUUUUCAUUUUAACUAAAGUUUACCUAUUUACCACCUACUGUUUCUGCUACACAAGAAGAAAAAACAGGACUCAAAAGGUAAAAUAACACCACACAAGGUUAUGCGUGCAAUUUUAAAGUCACGAGUCUGGAGAACCAAUAUACAGGAUCAAAAAUCUAAUUACAAAGUCUUCUGUUACUUUAUAAUAUCAUAUCUGAGACCUUAAAGUAAAAAUUAUGAUCUUUUUAAAAUAAAUGAUGCACAUUUAAAGUGCAAAAUAUAAAACGAGAUAGCUCUGGGCUUCACGCCAUCAUUGACAUUGAAUUAUAUUAAGACCUUGUGAAAGAAAUACUGUCUACUCCCAUACACACAGAUGUAUUUACAGGGCUUUCUAUAUGCUACUUUGGGUUUUAUCGCGUUUAAACAAGACGUGUGACUUUUUUAUUCAUUUAUUAUCUAGCUGAUAAUGAUCUCGAAAUGUGAUAGUGUUGUGCUGUCUUAAAACAAAACAAAACAAACAUACAGCUGCCAGAAUAACACGUCUCUGGCGCCAUACUGAAAUUAAUAUUUCAAGGCCUGCGUUUGUUUUCCAUUCUUGGGCUCCAUAUUCACAGCUCCUCUGGCUAAUUUUGAUAUGGCAGGGGCGGAUCCAAACCCCGUCAAGUGGGUCAAAGGACGCGGUUUAAAAAUAACAAGUAUAGUUUAUCUAAUUUUCAAAUAUUUGGUACUAACCAGUAAUAUUUGGGGCGUGUAAUAAUGUAUUCAUUUGAGCGCUCAUCAAUAUAAAAAUUAAUAAUAUUGCCGCCGCUGCUGCUGCCGUGUGUAUGGUCGCGCGGUGGUGGCGGUGGCGCGCGUGAUGGCAUCAGCUUCAUUUUCGUUGCGAAGACAGGGCACAAAGAUGGCUAGACCUAAUCUUUAAUGGUGGAUAGAAAAAUAUAGACUUUGUUCUGCAGGUUUUUGACGGAGCAAUGAGGUUAUUCUUAACUCUUAUUGGUCUAGAGUGCCGGGUUUGCAGGAGAAGAACACCGGCAGGAUUUGAUUGGUCAUUACUGAAGUUUUCUUAAGUUGUGAUUGGCUAAAAAUCAAUACCCUGCAAAAGCCAAAAUGCUCACGCUAGUCUUCAUCUUCAUAAACAUCAUUGCUCAACAUGGCGUUUAGUUCAGUGAGAGAAGAUGUUUUGAAAUUAUUUCAAGACGAAGAUUUGCAGAAAUUGAUUGAAAUAUUUAAUAUUUAUUCUGAGAAAUGGAUAAAUUCAAAUAAAAAUGUGUUUUUAAACACAGAACAGCUUUAUGCUGUACUUUCUUGUGGAGAAAUUGGUGUGAAUGAAGAUGCUUUGAAAUAUCUUCCUGCAUCAGUUUCUUCCAAGAAUUGUGUUGCAUUGAGGUCCGAAUCAUCUGGAAAUUGCUUGUUUAGCUCCAUAUCCUUAUGUCUGGUAGGUGAUAAUAGUUUGACGCAACAGUUAAGGCUACUUGCUUGCAUUGAACUUUUUGUCAAUUCUGAGUAUUAUAGUUCUCAUCUCUCUUUGUUUUGUCAUUGUCUUCUAUAA